AAAGCAUCCUGGGUACAGAGUCCAUUGUAAACAUGGCGGCCGCUGUGCAUCGGAUUCUGUCCUUCAGUAGAAAUGCUAAAGUGUUUGUAUCACCUUUGAAGAUAUCGGCGCUUUCUGCACAGCGCUACAGUCUAGAAGUGUCGACCACUGGCGAGCAAGUUACCCACACUGGACAGGUGUAUGAUGAAAAUGAUCCCAGGCGGGCCAGGUUCGUGGGACGACAGAAAGAGGUGAACAAGAACUUUGCCAUCAAGCUGGUGGCUGAGGAGCCGGUCAGUGGCAUUGAGGCCAGAGUGGUGUCAUGUGACGGGGGUGGAGGAGCACUAGGCCACCCCAAAGUCUAUAUCAACCUGGAUAAAGAAACUAAAGUGGGCACAUGUGGCUACUGUGGACUGCAGUUCAAACAGACCCAUCAUCAUUGAGACUUGUUCUCAGUCAAUCUCGCUCUGUUUAGUGUUAUUCUGGUUAAUAAAUGAUAUCUGCUAUUC